AUGUCCAAUAGCAGCUCCAUGAAUGAGUUCCUUCUCCCGGCAUUCACAGACAUGUGGGAGCUGCAGCUCUUGCAUUUCUGGCUCUUCCUGGGCAUCUACCUGGCUGCCCUCAUGGGAAACGGCCUCAUCAUUACAGCUAUAGCCUGUGACCAGCGCCUUCACACCCCCAUGUACUUCUUCCUCCUCAACCUCUCCCACCUUGACCUGGGCGCCAUCUCCACCAUUCUCCCAAAAGCCAUGGCCAAUUCCCUGUGGGACACCAGGGCCAUCUCCUACUUGGGAUGUGCUGCACAGGUCUUUUUCUUUCUCUUCUUGAUUGGAGGAGAGUUUUGUCUUCUCACUGUCAUGGCCUAUAACCGCUUUGUUGCCAUUUGCAAACCUCUGCACUACAGGACCCUCCUGGGCAGCAGAGCUUGUGUCCACAUGGCAGCAGCUGCCUGGGGCAGUGGGUUUCUCAAUGCUGUGCUGCCGACUGCCAAUACAUUUUCACUACCCAUCUGCCAAGGCAAUGCUGUGGACCAGUUCUUUUGUGAAAUCCCCCAGAUCCUCAAGCUCUCCUGCUCAGAUGCCUACCUCAGGGAGGCUGGGCUCGUCACAUUUAGUGCUUUUCUGUUUUUGGGGUGUUUUGUUUUCAUUGUGCUGUCCUAUGUGCAGAUCUUCAGGGUUGUGCUGAAGAUCUCCUCUGAGCAGGGAUGGCACAAAGCCUUUUCCAUGGGCCUCCCUCACCUGGCCAUGGUCUCCCUGUUUAUCAGCACCUUCAUGUUUGCCCUUCUGAAGCCCCCCUUCAUCUCCUCCGCAUCCCUGGAUCAGGUGGUGGCAUUGCUGUACACUGUGGUGCCUCCAGCACUGAACCCCCUCAUAUACAGCAUGAGGAACAAGGAGACCAAGGAGGCCCUGCGGAAACUAUUUGAAGAUGGACUACUGCAGCAUCGAUAA